CACCCACUGAAACAUCACGUUUCGUACUUGGGAGCUCUCUCGGCUCACUAACCCCAGCUUCUAGCUUCUCCUCAUACUCUCAAAAUGUGCCAGGGCCUCUCCGCCCCGUCGCCGCCGUUUGCGGCGCUUUUAUCCUUCGCUCUCCUUUUUUUUCUCUUCGCCGGAGGUCCGGUCUCGGCUUGGCGGCCCUGGCCCCAGAACGGUAAAAUGAACGUCACGGACUACGCCUUCGGAGACUCCAAGAAAUACGAGGGGUCCUCGGAGUUCGUGAAGCUCAGGUACCACAUGGGACCGGUUCUCACCACCAACAUCACCGUCCACACAAUCUGGUACGGCAAGUGGGACCGGAACCAGAAGAAGAUAAUCCGCGAGUUCGUAAACUCAAUCUCCGCCACAAACUCGCCGCACCCCUCCGUGGCUGGGUGGUGGCGGACCGUACAGCUUUACACGGACCAGACCGGAGCCAACAUUUCGAAAACGGUUCGACUCGGGGAAGAGAAGAACGACAGGUUCUAUUCUCACGGGAAAUCGCUGACCCGGUUAUCCAUACAGUCCGUGAUAAAAAGCGCCAUCACAGCGAAAACCCGGCCGCUCCCGAUCAAUCCGAGGAGCGGGUUGUAUCUGCUGCUGACGGCGGAUGACGUGUACGUUCAGGAUUUCUGCACUUCUGUGUGUGGGUUCCACUAUUUCACGUUUCCGUCGUUGGUUGGGUAUACUCUUCCGUACGCGUGGGUGGGUAACUCCGCAAAAAUGUGCCCCGGGCAGUGUGCUUACCCUUUUGCGAUGCCCGCCUACAUCCCUAACCCGAAGCCGUUCAAGUCUCCAAACGGCGACGUUGGCGUGGAUGGCAUGAUAAGUGUGAUUGGGCACGAGAUGGCCGAGCUGGCAUCGAACCCCUUGGCCAAUGCUUGGUAUGCCGGUCAGGACCCUUCUUUCCCGGUGGAGAUCGCCGAUCUCUGUGAGGGCAUUUACGGCACCGGUGGAGGUGGAUCGUACACCGGUCAGGUUUUGGACGCCCGUGAUGGUGCCACCUAUAACAUGAACGGGAUCAGACGGAGGUUCCUGGUUCAGUGGCUGUGGAGCCACGUUCUGAAUUACUGUACCGGACCUAAUGCGCUCGAUCACUGAUCUGUGCUCCUCUUUCUUCCUUUUUUUUUUUUUUUUACUUUCUGUUUUUCCUUGCUCCCUUUGCUUUGGUCUUGUGGGUCUGUGGGAAUCUGCUAAUUUUGUUAAGGUAGUUAAGUUUGUUCAUUAAUGCAAAUAAUGUAAUUUUAUUAUUAUUGUUAUAUGAUAGAAUAUGGAUUAUGAUGAA